AUGGCGGAAAACCCGAAAAGAAAGCCUUCGCCACCUGAUCCCACUUCGAGACGCUUACAGGUAGACUCUCCGGCCAGUUUCAGGCUGACCCACGACAUCAGCCUGGAUGAGUUUGAGGAUGAGGACCUGUCGGAGAUCACAGAAAUCACAGAUGAGAGGGGCGUGAGCCUCAACUGCAACAGCCAUCUUGACAUCAAGGAGGCCACCGCUCAUGUGAUGCGGGGAGCCAAUGGCGGCCUGGGGAGGGUGGAGGCGGGCGCAGUGGGGCACAUCCAGGCGGAGAUCCUCCACUUGGACCUGAUAGAUGCUGCCGACGGCAACCACGAGCAGGAAGUGCGUCCGGUCGUCGCCAAAGCCACCAAAGCCGCCAGCGUCGCCAAGAACCCAGCAGCGCCCGCCUGCGCCAUGGACACGUACCGGCCCAAGAGGCCCACCACCCUCAACCUGUUCCCACAGGUGCCACGAUCACAGGAUACUCUGAACAACAACUCGUUUGGGAAGAAGUACAGUUGGCAGGAGCUGGUGUCACGGUCAUCAUCUCCCCUAAAAACCGCCGAGUUGUCACCUCCUCAUGAGCACACGUGCCUGAGUGACGAGGAUAAGGUACAGCACGGGCGAGCGGGAGGAGGCCGAGGAGGUGGGGGAGGAGGAGGUGGUGGCACCAACACCAAGGACCGUGGCACCUCCACCGAAGCGCCCCACAAACACCACCAACACCACAACCAACAACAGCUGCAGCCCUCCUCCAAGUCCUGUCACGCCCCUGCCCCUCCCUCUUCCCAGGCCCAACUGACAGGCAACACAGCAACAACCACGGCCGCGGGUCAGCUGACCAAGGCGUCGGCAGCUGGCGAGUCGCACCGCGAGCGAAUCCGCUACCACACAGAUGUGCGGCUGGAGCCCACAGAGGAGAUCUACCUGACGCCCGUGCAGCGCCCGUCCUCCGACGCCCCCGAACCCCACAACGACCACACAGAACCUGAAGGAGAAGGCGAGAGGGAGACGGCGGCCAUGUUAUCCCAGAGUGCCGAGCAGCAGCACGGACGCAUGUCCCUCAGCUCCGACAACGAGGGCCCGCCGCCGUACCAGCCGCCGCUCUACGGCAACACGGCGGGCAUCAUCAACGAGACGGAGGAGGAGCUGUAUCCGCCGCCGUCUUACGCCUCCUGCGUGGCCUCCACCGCAGCGCUGGACCUCAGCACCCGCAACGCCGACCUCAACUCCUCCGACUUCAGCUAUGUGGACGUGGAGGACGAGGAGGAGGAGGAGGAGGAGGAGGAGGAGGACGUGGACGAGAUGGAGAAUGGCGCCGGGGAGGCUCGGGCCCAGGACGGCCUGUCGCGGGCCUUCAGGAACUCUAUUGGCUCUGGCACUGGUGGAACCAACGCUGCUGCUGGUGUUGCCUCUCGGACUUCCAUGAGCAGCUCGGACGCGAGCGGUCUGUCGUACGACUCGGUGAAAUAUACGCUUGUGGUGGACGAGCACGCUCAGUUGGAGCUGGUCAGCCUGAGACAGUGUUACCAUGGCUACAGCGACGACAGUGACUCGGCCACCGUGUACGACAACUGCGUGUCGUCUCCGUACGAGUCUGCGCUCGGGGAGGAAUACGAGGAGGAUGACGAUGACGAGGACGUGCACGGGGGAGCGGGAGGGGUCAGACGAGAGGCCACUGCCCGGCUGUCGGAAGACUCCACCCCCGAGGCAGACCUGCCCUUCACCAAGAAGUUCCUCAAUGUCUUCAUGAACGGACGAUCGAGAUCAUCCAGUGCAGAGUCCUUUGGCCUUUAUUCGUGCAUCAUCAAUGGAGAGGAGAAAGAUCAGACUCACAGAGCCGUGUACAGGUUUGUGCCGCGGCAUGAGGACGAGCUGGAGCUGGAGGUGGAGGACCCCAUCCUGGUGGAGGUGCAGGGGGAGGACUACUGGUACGAGGGCUACAACAUGCGCACCGGGGCACGCGGCAUCUUCCCCGCCUUCUACGCCACCGAGAUCACCAAAGACACCGAGCACUUUAAAGAACCAGUGAAACCAAGUGACUGGGUGGAGAGGCACCGGCUAAAAUUCCUGGGCUCUGUGCAAGUGCCCUACCACAAAGGCAACGACGUGCUGUGUGCAGCUAUGCAGAAGAUUGCCACCAAUAGGAAGAUGACCGUGACGUAUAACCCGCCCUCCUCCUGCAUCCUGGAGAUCAACGUGAAAGGAAUCAAGCUGCUCGUACAAGACGAAUACGGAGCAUACGAUCCUGAAAACCAGUGCAGUCAUUUCUUCCAGCUCAAGAACGUCUCUUUCUGUGGUUACCAUCCCAAGAACAACAAAUACUUUGGGUUCAUCACAAAGCACCCAGCAGAUCAAAGAUUCGCCUGCCAUGUGUUUGUAUCAGAACACUCCACCAAGCCUCUGGCAGAGUCUGUGGGGAAAGCCUUCCAGCUGUACUAUAAGGAGUUUGUGGAGUUCUCGUGUCCUACAGAAGAUAUCUACCUAGAAUAGUCCCCGCCUUCCCUUCCUUUCCGCCAAACCCCCAGCAGCCCUGUACAGCAAUGUGUAUCAUAACAAUGUUGCAUGACGGACGAAGACGAAGACUAACAGACAGAAGGAAGGAAGACAAGAACCAGAGGACUAACACGCUUGACAGCGCAGGGCAAGAUGACAACAAAACACUGACGAAAGAAGGACAACGAAAAGGGAAAAAUCAAGAAAAUGGGACUUGCCCUCAAAUCUAGCACUGUCUUUUUGUCGAUCACAUGUCUUUGUGCAGUCAUUCAACAAUAAUAACCUGCAGCGUGGUUGGCUUCGACCUUCUCUCCAUCCACCUCCAGCAAGCACAAGACCAACACCGUGACAACAACGUGGCUUCUGCUGUACACACACACACCUUCAACAGGACAUGAUGGCGAUGAUGACGCUCACGUGCGAAGAAAGUACAGCCAUAGUAUGUUGGAGACCAGAAUCUUCGUCUCAAAGAGCUGAUAACAAAAUUAUUUAUCGAUUUGACUUCUUGUUCCUCAUUUGUUUGAUUUGUGAUAAGGCCCUACGGAAAAAAAUAGGUGGUGUGUGUGUGUGUUGGUGUGCGUUUGUUCGUCCAUGUGUAUGUAUGUGUGUGUGUGUAUGUGUGUGUUGGUGUGUGCGUUUGCGGACAGGUGUGUGUAAAUCACAGCCAAGUGAAGGGCCCUCUCUAUUGCCCCAGGCAGAGAGUGAAGGUCCCCCAGACAGAAAAGAUGUACACCUACUCGAGCUUCAAUUUUCCAAGAGGCAGCCCGACAUGACAGAUAUACGAUCUUCCCCCGUCUGCAAGCAUCAGUAUAUCUGCGAGCAGGUUAGACACCGGAGGCCGGGAAGCUCCUUCUGUACCUCAUUACAAAACUCCAGACACCUUAUAGUACAGCACAGUGUAUGUGCUAAUGUUGGCAUCGACAGUACAGUACAUUCAUUCUUUUUCCAUAAUUAUGUAUGGUAUUUUCUCAGCAAUUGACAAAACUAUCCAUAUAUCGGAGUGGCAGACCAGCAUAUGUGACUGAUUCAUAUGUCAUAUGGGGAAAAGGAGGAAAUUGGGGAAAGGGUGCACAGAAUUGGGACCGCAUUACAUUGUAUACAUUGAGAGAGGGGGUACUUUCAGAGGAUUUUGUCCCGGGCCCACUCAAAGCUGUCAGCAGCCCUGGGUGGAAGUGUCCUACACAGACACGCCUGUUGUAGAGGGGACCCUCACUCUGGCCUGGGAAGCACAAGGCAUACAGUAUGACGCAGUGUCUUUCAGAACUUUCACAAGUAGUGCCUCUUUUUCUUACCAUUACUCAAGCAAACACUUCUUUUUUGUUAUUAUUUUAUUGUCAUUGUUCGUUCUUACGAUUGGUACCGGUAGUCAUUUUUGGUUUGUUAUUAUGACAGAGUUUUCUUGUUUUGAGAUGUUCUUGGAAGUGUUGAAGUGGAGGCUUGCGCAGUGGGCCGUUAGGAAUGAGCUGUUGACAGAGGAAAUAGAAGUGGAGUGCUGUGCCUCCUGCAGACAUACUUGGCCUCGGUCCUGGGCGGUGACACAGUCGUUGUGACAUUCUAAUAGGGCCCUUGUAUAACAAAAUGUAUUGUUCUAUGAACUGUAAAUGAAUAUUAAUAACAGCAGAGUAUAAUGUGAUAACCAAGCGCUUUGGUUUACUGGGGUGCUGGCUUUGCCACUGCAAUUCUACUGGAUGUUAUAAUAGGGGACCUUUAACUGGCUUUUGGAAAGCUAACACUCAGCAACAGUAGGGAGGGGAGAUGAGCUGUAAACCUAAAGAAACAGCCUUCCAGACUACAACCUCUUUUUAAUAUUUGGCGUGAUGACUAGUUUUAUGAGCGCGGAGUGACUGUUCGAUAGUAAUUUUGAGGUUUUUACUGCCGAGUAGGCUUUGAUGAAGGCUGAAGUGCGAGAAAGUGAAACACAAAGAUCCCUCGCCCCACCCCAGUCUUAGUCUCGGCCCUGCCAAACGAAGGCCUUUAUUGACGGCACACAGUGUGAGUCUGAGAUGAUCGAUCGCACCUCAUCUUCUUCCACCUUGUUUUUGUCCCACCAGACACAUUCUUGUGGAGUGCCCAAAAGUUCAUGGGUGGGUUGGAUUGCUUCCCCCCCCCCCCUUUUUUUUUUUCGGUUCCUCAGAAUACCCACACAUCCCCUCCCUAACCCAACAAGUAUUGAAAAAAAAAUGUAAUAUUUAUUGCUGGGGAACCUGAUGUGUAUUGUGAGGGAAUGUAAAAACUUUUGCCAGAGAAUGCUGAAGUAGAAGUUCAGAAAGUGAAACUUACCACGGUGAUAUUUUUCAGAUAUGGAGGAACGUUGGUCUGUUUCAAAUUAUGGACAGACAUUCGAGUUUUAGACGGUAUGGGUGGUCAGGGCCUUUCAGUUCCUCUGCUUUUGACUGAUGAAGAAAGUUCCUAGCUUCCUGGUAUUAGAAUUCAUCCUCUGGACACAUGUCACCAGAGAUUGAUCAUGUUUGAAUAAUUAACCUUUAUAUAUAUAUAAAGCUCACCAAGAUCGAUCGUCCUAAGAUAUUGUUUCUGAGGCAUUCUUAAGUUUUGCAUGUAUGAGAGCAUCAUUAUUCACCAAGGCGGAGAAAUAGAACAGGGUGUCAUUUGAGCUUGUGUUUGUGCCGUUCGCUGGAAAUGGGAGCCGUUUAAAAUAGAAAAUCGUCCCCCACCCUACGGGAAUGAUAUGUCUGGCUAAAAAUACGAUUGCCCAUUUUCCUCCUGCUCUGAGAUUUUUUUUUUUAUUAAAUUAUUAUCGAACGCAAUGAAAGGCUAAUAUUUCUAAGGCUGAGAUUUUUUUUUUCAAAAAUGAUUUUAUUUAUUUUGUGCAGAACCUCUAUUUUCAAUGGAUUCAAAUGUUUAUUUUCAUUUUAACUGACAUACAGUAAUAAUGUGAAUAGGCCUACAAUUUGUACAGUUUCCCUCGCGGUGGCCAGAGAAAUGACUGAAUGAGCUGAAUGAAGAAAAAAACAACUCACUAAUCACCAACUCAUUGUCUACCAUACAUCAUGUGUAGUACCAAUGACAUUGUAGAUUAUGACCUGGAGUGCUAACAUGGUGUUUUCAUUCAUUAAAAUGGCCAUUGGCUAUGGGUAAAGCCAAUACCAAUACCACAUACAGUACAUGAGUCUGUCUUAAGUGACGGCUUGAAUCAGGUUUCCUGUAACGCAAUAUGAGAAAAAUACAUGAUGAUUUCAUGAUGUGCUGUACACAUGCAGACGUAUGUAUCUAUCUCCCCACUGUAGUUACCUGCUAUUCCCAUCAACUGCCAAGCCCCGCAACUGGAAAUAAAUAUUGGAAUCCAAGACAGAUGACAUGGUAAAUGUAUGUUGUUUAUUUGUGUUUUUGUUUUUCUUGAUAAAUGUUACACAGAUUCCGAAACAAGGCCACAUCUGAACUUUUACAUUGUCACCUUUGUGGUUUACCUCAAGUGCAGAGGACCAGAGACUGUCAGGAGAGGAUGCCACAAUAUGCCCUAUACACAAGCAUAUUGUAUGUAUGAGUGCAAAAAAUGCUACAAGUGAAUACUGUAUAGAUUCAAACUAUAGUGGCGAAAUAGUUUUAUUUCAUUCUUCCCUCAUUUUGAAAGUGUGAAAUUAAUCUUUAUUUAAAAAGAAAUAA